UGCAUAACAUGGUUCAGGAUCUAAAAGGGAAUAUUAGAGUUUACUGCAGAAUAAGGCCUGCCUUCGAUGCAGAAGCGAAAACUAUCGUAGAUUUCAUUGGAGAAGAUGGUUCUUUGGUUGUAAUUGAUCCACUAAAACCCUGGAAAGAUGGGAGGAAAAUUUUCGAGUUUAACCGUGUUUUCGGUUCAAGUGCCACUCAGGAAGAUGUAUUUCGAGACACUAAACCGCUUGUAAGAUCAGUGAUGGAUGGUUACAAUGUAUGCAUUUUUGCUUAUGGUCAAACUGGAUCUGGGAAAACAUAUACUAUGUCUGGCCCGGGAGGUGAAUCAACAGAGGAAUUUGGAAUCAAUCAAUUGGCUCUGAAUGAUCUAUUCCUAUUAGCUGAUGAAAGGAAGGACAUCAUGAGUUAUAAGAUCCACGUUCAAAUGGUCGAGAUAUAUAAUGAGCAAAUUCGUGAUCUUCUUGCAGACGAUCCUUUGCUUACUAAAUAUCCUUUCAUUGUGAUUUUUCCGUAG